AUGUCCACCGCGGUUGCUCCACCCACCGCUGCUCCCCUUCCCCCAAUGGUUGACCACAACCGUGACCACAACCGUGACCGCGACGGUGACCGCGAUCGCGACAGAGACCGAGACCGAGACCGAGAUCGUCUCACUGCCCUUGGCCGUGUCAACGACUCCUCCGCCUCAUCGUCCUCCUCCAACUCCUAUCCUGCUCCUGCUCCUCCCAUGUCUUCUUCCUCUCAUCCUGCUACCACUUCCACACCGUUACGGGCUACCACGGAUCGCCCGUCCGGCAAAACCACCCCCCCUGAUGGUAAACGCUCGCCAAACAUUUCUCGAAGCGGGGGCGCUGGGUCGUCCAAAAUAUCAGUCAAAAAGGAACCCUCAACCUCUCCCAGCCUCCACUCCAGCUCCCGUCAUCGUCCACGCAAACUUGAUCUCUCCUCCAGCACCCUCUCCGCACAAUCCGGUUCCUCCACAGCGCGCGGUCCUUUGACUGCAAGGGAAGGUGGAUUGACUGCUAUGCAUGAUGUUGGCUUAGCUUGCCUAUCUCCAGGCUUCCAGACCCAAGACCCGAUCAUCCACGAGCAGCUUCAACGUAGCAUCUCCGUCAGAGACCAACAGAGAUCGAUAAUCGAAUCUCGCCUGCAGAAAACAGCCAAGGGCGAUGGUCCCGAUGGCAUCAAACCCUCAGAAUCAAAUCUGUUCGGUUCUCUCAAAACCCCGUCUUCGUCCAAGAAACGCCCUCCACCGGGUUUGUCGAUUGUUCCCCCAUCAGCCUCGCAAUUCGCCAAUGAACGAGUCAUCCAGUCCGCCCCGCUAAACCAGACCUUCACAGGCCGCCACAACCCACACCCCAUCACCCGCCAUCUUAUAAACCACCCUUCAGACCAUCGUAUGAACUCCCCCAUCCACCAUGUGGCCCCAGCAAAUCAGACAAACAAUCGCCUCCCACCCAUUGCCGACGUUUUCGGCUCUGAUACCCUCGUCCCCCGUAAUCAGGAACGCGAUCACCGUGAAUGGGAUCGCGAUGACAGGAAUAACACCACGCACAGACGUAGCAACAAUCCAAACAACAGUAACAAUGGCGGCUUCUACCAACCUAACAGUAAUUCUAAUACCAGCAGCAACAACAACAAUAAUAACAAUAUAGGACCCUUGCCCUCUCCCUCCCUUCCUGUAAACCACCCUACGUCCUCCUGCACAUCUUCCACCACUACCACUACCACCACCACCACCGGUGGCAGCGCAUCAACCACAAAACGUCCCCGUGAAUAUCGCUCCGCCGAAGAAGCCGUGCAUGAACUCGCUGGUGGCCGCGAAGAUCUCCUUCCGCGAAUUGUCCACUACAACAGUAACACAAACUCAACGGUCACCAAUAAUAAGCAAAGCAGUACUACCAACCAACGUCACCAACCUGUCUCCCCACCGCUCCCCAGCACCAAUACAAAUGGCAUCCAGCAACAACACACCUCCAGCUCGCUCCACUAUCAUCAUCACCAUCACCUCCACAAUCAGCAUCAGCAACAACAGCAACAAUACCCUCACUCAACCGCCGGCCGCCGCCGCACGCGCAACGAAUAUGAGCGCGAUAACGGCAGUCCACCGCUAGGUUCCGGGCCGCCAGAUACGAGGUUCCGCGGCGCGCCUGCACCUGUCCCUGGCCCCACACCUGCUGCAUCUCGUGGAACUGCUGGAGGCCAAGGGGGGAGUCCUGGCGGCGGUGCUGGCUAUCCUACAGGUGGUGGCGCCGGUGCAGGUUCAGGGACUGGCGGUACGUUUGGGUAUGGAGGGGGUCCAUUUGGGGCAGGAAGAGAUUCGCCGGAGACGCAGAGGAGGAAGAAAGAAGAGUUUUUGGGUUUGUGUGCACGGGCAUGGGAUUUGUUUCAUUCGUAGGGAUGUGGGGAUUGGAAUAGAUUGUGGGCACUGGGAUGGAUGGAGCGAGGGCGGAUGUGCUGUUUGCUGCUCACUUUUUGAUGUUUUCUCUGUUCUUCAACUUCAUUGUUGAUUGAUUGAUCUUCUGCUUUGAUCGAUGCCGUUUCCGUCCUCGUUCCUCUUUCACUUCCUAUUUCCAUCCAUAUCUCUUUUCCGGUUUCGGUUUCGGUUUCGGUUUCGGUUUCAUGGUACCUGACCCCUUUCGUGUUUCGCCUUGGUAUUUUCUUUUUGAUUCUCGUUCUUGAUUUUUUGGCUUUGGCUUUGGCUUUCGUUGCCGCUAGUGGAAGGAUUGGGGCAUGGUCUUGUCUUUGCUAUUCAUUUCUACCAUAUGCUGUACUAUGCGAUCCAUCUGCUAUUUG